CCUAAAUGUCAAUCUUUUGACUGUCAAAUUCUCAUGCUUUUUGGCAGGAUAUUGAAAGAUACAAAUUGGGAGAUCCAAGGAUGUUUCAUUAUUUAAAUCAAUCGAAUUGUUAUGAAUUGGCUGGAAUUAAUGAUGGAAAGGAAUAUCUUUCCACAAGGAGGGCCAUGGAUGUUGUUGGGAUCAGUUUUGAUGAACAGGACUCUAUUUUCCGAGUUGUGGCUGCAAUUCUUCAUUUGGGUAAUAUUGAGUUUGCAAAGGGAAGCAACGGUGAUGAUUCACAACCCAAGGAUGACAAAUCUCGAUUCCAUCUGAAAACAGCAGCUGAUCUCUUAAUGUGCAACAAGAAAUCUCUUGAAAAUUCCUUGUGCCAACGUGUCAUGGUUACUCCUGAUGAGACCAUAACAAAAAGCCUUGAUCCAGAUGCUGCAGCUAUCAGUAGAGAUGGUUUGGCUAAAAUUCUCUACUCAAGAUUGUUUGAUUGGCUCGUGGACAAGAUCAACCAUUCUAUUGGACAAGAUCCUAAUUCAAAAUUCUUAAUUGGGGUGCUGGAUAUCUAUGGCUUUGAGAGCUUCAAGACAAACAGCUUUGAGCAAUUUUGUAUAAAUUUGACUAAUGAGAAACUGCAGCAACAUUUCAAUCAGCAUGUUUUCAAGAUGGAGCAAGAAGAGUAUUCAAAAGAAGAAAUUGAUUGGAGUUAUAUAGAGUUUAUUGAUAAUCAAGAUAUUCUUGAUCUUAUUGAAAAGAAACCUGGCGGCAUUAUUGCUCUUCUUGACGAGGCUUGCAUGUUCCCUAGAUCUACCAAUGAGACAUUCGCACAGAAGCUAUACCAGACAUUCAAAAACCACAAGCGUUUUGCCAAGCCAAAGUUAUCGCGAAGUGGCUUCACCAUUUGCCAUUAUGCAGGAGAUGUCACUUACCAAACAGAACUGUUUUUGGAUAAGAACAAGGAUUAUGUUGUUCCUGAGCAUCAGGCUCUCCUUAGUUCUUCAGAUUCCUCCUUUGUCUCUGGCCUUUUCCCCCCUUUACCUCAGGAGUCUUCUAAAACAUCAAAAUUCUCUUCCAUUGGUUCUCAAUUUAAGCAACAACUGCAAGCUCUACUUGAGACUCUUAAUGCGACGGAGCCACACUACAUUCGUUGUGUGAAGCCCAAUAAUCUCCUAAAGCCUGGUAUCUUUGAGAAUUCUAUUGUACUGCAGCAGCUUCGUUGUGGGGGGGUUAUGGAGGCAAUCAGGAUAAGUUGUGCUGGAUAUCCCACUAGGAGAACAUUUGAUGAGUUCAUAAGUCGUUUCAAAAUCCUUGAGCCUAGUGUUGUAAAUGGAAGGUGGCUCGUCCUACUGAUUUUUAAUUCCUUACACUUUUAUAGUUGCGAUGAGGUUAAUGCUUGUAGAAGACUCAUGGACAAGGUUGACCUUAAAGGUUACCAGAUUGGCAGAACAAAAGUAUUUCUUAGAGCUGGUCAGAUGGCUGAACUAGAUUCUCACCGAAGCCGCGUGCUUGGGAAAUCUGCAUGCAAAAUACAGAGAAGAAUUCGUUUUUAUUUGGAUCGCAAAAAGUUCAUCUCAUUACGCAUGUCAGCUAUACAAAUUCAAGCUUUAUGUAGAGGGCAAGAUGCACGCCAUAUUUAUGGGCAUAGGAGGAGAACUGCUGCUGCUUUGAUCAUCCAGAAAGAUGCACGCACUUUUUUUGCUAGGAAAGCUUAUGCGCUUUUGUCCUCUUCUGCUAUUCUUAUUCAAGCGGGAAUGAGGGGAGUGGCUGCUCGUAAUGAACUUUGGUUAAGAAAGAAAACUAAAUCAGCCAUCCUCAUCCAGAGUCGAUGUCGAGGGACAUUGGCCUGUUGUGGUUAUUUGAGAUUGAAGAGAGCAGCAAUAGCUGCUCAGUGUGCUUGGAGAGCAAAAUUGGCUUGUAAAGAACUACGAAUGCUUAAAUCGGCUGCGAAGGAAACUGGAGCACUCCAAGAAGCCAAAAGCAAGCUCGAAAAGGAAGUUGAAGAUUUAACUUGGCAACUGCAGUUGGAAAAACGAAUGAGGGCUGACAUUGAGGAAGUCAAAAAUCAGGAAACAGCAAAGCUAGCAUCAGCGUUGGAGAAAAUGCAGGUGCAGUUUCAGGAAACUAAAGAUCAGCUGAUGAAGGAACUUGAAACUGCGAAGAAACUAGCUGGGCCAGCAACUUUUAUACAGGAUCUUCCUGUUAUUAAAGAUGAACUGGUUGAUAAACUAUCUGCUGAAAAUGAAAAGCUGAAGUCACUAGUAAGUUCUUUGGAAAAGAAAAUCGAUGAAACAGAGAAGAAGUAUGAAGAAACCAGCAAGCUCAGCGAGGACAGGUUGAAGCAAGCUUUGGAGGCAGAGACGAAGAUUAUUCAAUUGAAGACUACAGUGCAGAGGCUCGAAGAGAAACUUUCAGAUAUUGAGAUCGAGGAUGAGAUUCUUCACCGACAAGCUUUGAAGAAUAGUCCUGCUGGGAAAAUGUCUGGACAUUUAGUUCAAACCAUGCAGCCUGUGGAGAAUGGUGAUCAUGAACCCCAAAGUGCACAGCCCAUUAAAAGAUUUGGCAUUGGAUCUGAUAGCAAGCUGAGGAGAUCCAAUACAGAGACGCAACGGGAGAAUGUAGAUGCUCUCAUUAGAUGCAUAACGGAAGAUCUUGGUUUUAUUGAAGGAAAACCUGUUGCUGCAUUUACCGUUUACAAAUGCCUUGUCCACUGGAAAUCCUUUGAAGCUGAAAAAACUAGUGUAUUUGAUCGUCUUAUUCAGACAAUCGGUUUUGCCAUAGAGGAUGAGUCGAACAAUAAGCAUAUGGCUUACUGGCUUUCCAACAUAUCUACACUACUCUUUUUACUUCAACAAACUAUAAAAGCUACUGGUUCAACUCCUGGGAAACCUCCACAACCUACAUCGUUUUUUGGAAGGAUGGCCCGAAAUUUCCGAUCUGCUUCUUCUGCCAACGUUUCUAUAGGUGGACUGAGCGGAGUAUGCCAGGUUGAGGCUAAGUAUCCAGCUCUAUUGUUCAAGCAACAAUUAACUGCUUAUGUUGAGAAGAUUUACGGAAUCAUUCGUGAUAAUCUAAAGAAGGAACUUUCAUCUCUCCUUUCUUUGUGCAUCCAAGCACCCAGAACACUCGGAGGAAACUCUUUGAAAUCAUCUGGCAGUUCUUUGGCUAACCAUUGGCAGAACAUCAUUGAGAGCCUAAAUAGGCAUCUGAAUAUACUAAAAGACAAUUUUGUUCCUCUGAUCUUUGUACAGAAAACCUUCAUGCAAAUUUUCUCGUAUAUUAACAUUCAGCUUUUCAACAGCCUCCUUCUCCAUAGAGAGUGCUGCACAUUUAGCAAUGGGGAAUACGUAAAAGCAGGGUUAGGUGAAUUAGAACUUUGGUGCGUAAAUGCACGAGAGUAUGCAGGUUCAUCAAGAAAUGAACUAAAACAUGUACAACAAGCUGUAGGAUUUCUGGUCAUACACCAAAAGUUACGAAUUACUUAUGAGGACCUCACCACCGACUUGUGCCCAAUACUAAGCACUCAACAGCUUUAUAAAAUUUGUAAUCUUUAUUGGGACGACGACUACAACACACGAAGUGUAUCUCCAGAUGUUAUUUCGAGCAUGAAGACACUUAUGAAAGAGGACUCGGGUCAUGCUGAUAGUAAUUCAUUUUUGUUGGAUGACAAUUCAAGCAUCCCCUUCUCAGUUGAUGAUAUUAGCCGUUCUCUCCAGCACGCAGAUUUCACGCGUGUAAAACCUCCAGCUGAACUUCUUUUAACUCCAGGCUUUGAAUUUUUACAGGGAUAAGGCUGUGUUUCUUCAGCUUUGUCCAAUGAUUUUUCAGAUGCCAACUUAUGCUUUAGGUUUAGGAAAUCUUUGAUAUCCUGCUGAUGCCAUGAUGUACAUCCAAUUCCCUGAUCAUUUUUCUACUUAUGUUUCGUCUUAAUACCUCAUCAAUACCCCGAAUGUAGAAUUGCUUAGUUAGAUUUGUAAAAAAAAUCAUAGGUUUUUCAUGUAGAAGGGGCAGAGAUGAAGUUUUUCCAGUAGCUAAUCGGUUUCGAUACAUAUUGGAUUAAACACUGGCAGCAUUAUCUGCAGCAGCUACAGACGAAAAUGGCCUUUGGCAAGCAGCUGUCGUUGCCUCCCAGGUUUACAUUGUAUAAACAAAAACGUGUUUGUUAUCAAAAGUUCUCAUUGUCUAUC